GCGCGAUUUGCAACUAAUGAAAAUAAGGCCAGGUAUGCAUCCGGACAAGGAAGGGGACAAGCCUACUUUUCCAUCUGCGCCUUUCACUUUGCUUCCACCCAAUAAGAUUUUGUUCCUUCGGUUUUUUAAGGACCUCGAAGUUCCAGAUGGAUUUUGUUCAAACCUUGGCCGCUGCACUAAUAUGAAAGAGAAAAAAAAUUCAGGACUGAAGAGCCACGACUGCCAUGUUAUACUAAAUCAUUUACUUCCUCUUGCACUGCGUGGACUUGUUCCCCAGAAUAUUUAUGACCCUCUGGUUGAGCUUUGACAGUUCUUUUGCAAAUUAAACUCCAAAUCACUUUUAGUAGAAGAACUUAAUGAAAUGCAGGCCCAAAUACCUGUGACACUAUGUAAGCUUGAAAAGGAAUUCCCACCGUCCUUUUUUGAUGUCAUGAUGCAUCUGCCUGUUCAUUUGGCUAAUGAGGCUCUUGUUGGUGGACCUACAAUAUAUCGGUGGAUGUAUCUCUUUGAGAGACAAAUAAAGUGUCUGAAAUCGCUAGUGCGAAAUUUGGCACGACCUGAAGCUUCCAUUGCAGAGGGAUACAUUGCAGAAGAGUUCAUUUCAUUGUGCUCUAGUUAUUUGGAUGAUGUCGAGACAAAGCAUAAUCGACCAGGCAGAAUCAAUGAUGCACCAGGGGAUGACAACUAUUAUUUGUCAAUAUUCAAUCCGGAUGGAAGGCCAUCCGGUGGUCGUAAACCUAGAGAUCUUAAUCUUCUUGAAGCAGAGCAAGCUCAUAUUUAUGUUUUGAGAAAUUGUGAUGUAGUUCAACCAUAUAUCAGUGAGUACUCCAGUAGUCAAGAUGGAUGUUCACUGCAACCAUUUACCACCAUGUGGAACCAGAAGUUCAAUCAGUGGUUCAAAGAGAAGGUAGCCAGCUUGCACGAACAUGAUAAGAGUGAGCUCACCGAAGACCUUUUGGCACUAUCACGUGGUCCAUUGGAAAAUGUAACAUGUUUUACUGGCUAUGACAUGAAUGGAUUCAGAUAUCGUGUUCAAAGUCGAGAUAGACACCUCUGCACACAGAACAGUGGGGUGGCUGUACUUUCAGAACAAGGGGAUAAUGGUAAUACAGUAGAAUAUUAUGGCAUAUUGACAGAGAUAGUCGAACUGCAAUACUUAGGUGGAAGGCGUGUGACAUUAUUCCGUUGCAACUGGAUUGACGUAUUUGACAAAGAGCAUGGGAUGAAGAAAGACAACAAGCAUGGAAUCGUUAGUCUUAACCUGCAGCGUUUGCUUCUGACAGAUGAGCCUUUCGUUCUGGCUAGCCAAGUCUCUCAAGUAUUUUUUGUCAAGGAUAAUCUUAUAAAAGGAUGGCAUGCAGUCGUGAAAAAUCCAUCACGUCAUGCUUAUAGUGUACCACAUGGACAGUCUGAUGAUGAAGCCUCUGAAGCUGAACCUGACAAUGGCGAUGAAGACGACUUGCUUCAAAAUUCGACAUCAACAUCACGUAGAAAUAGAACAACAUGAUGGCACUAGUUUAUGCAACUCUUAAUCUGUAGUAAUCGAUUUGCUUCAUAUUUUUUGCUUUUACCUUAUUAAUAAACAGUGACACAAGUAGUUCUGUACUUACUUUAUUUGAUUUAGCAUUCAAUAAUUCAUUUUCAGUAUAUCAAUAUUCACUUAUUUAAUUCA